UUUUUUUUUUCAUUUUUUUUUUUUGGUUUAAUAUUUUUAAUAAUUAUUUUUUUAUUAAUAAAACUCAUAAAAAUGCGAUAUGUUUCUAUUUUUACAUUUAAAAAAUGCGAAUGAACAUGCGUCUAUUUAAAAGUCACAUCCGCCGCCAUCUUGCUUUUUGAGAAAGUACUGUAUCUGUACCAUACCAGUAAAAAUCAAAUAAAAAUGUCUAGCGAUGAAAAUGACGCAAGUUUUAGUGAUGAAUCUUCAGAUGAAGAUAUCUGGGAGCCAGACAGCAGUGAUUCUGACUCAGAUAUUGAAAAUUUGAAUGAUUUUACUUCACCCAGAGACAGAGGCAAUGCUGUUCCCAAGGGAUACAAUGAUGUGGAUGAAGGACCACCAGCCCCAACACCAAAAUUUAGACCAGCCAGAGAACCAGGAGUUCAUUUGAAUGAUGAGAUUCUGACAAAGGCUGGAGUUAGAAAGUUUUUACAUCCAUCAGAUUUCUUCAAGCUGUACUUCACUGUCGACCUUGUCAAUAUGCUUGUGUUGUACACAAACAAAUAUGCUGCCCACUUCGGACCAACCAAACCAACAGUCUACAAAGGAUGGUAUGAUGUAACUGUAGAUGAAUUCUAUACUUUUUUGGGUUUGCUCAUGUAUAUGUCUAUUGUUCGAGCACCCUCUGUUUCCAAGUAUUGGUGUAGGUCAUCACUUUACAAUGGUUUAUGGGCAAGAAGCUUUAUGACUAAAAAAAGAUUUCUUCAGAUCAUGUCCUUUUUAAAAGUAUCUAAUUUUGAAACAGAGGAUCGUCAAGAUAAACUAAGUAAAAUUCGUUUUUUGUAUGAAUACAUUCAUAAAAAAUGUCAAAAACUAUACCAGCCUCAUCAAAAUCUUUCCAUUGAUGAGAGAAUGUACAAAAUAAAGGGAGAUAUGGUUUUCGGCAGUACAUACGUGACAAACCAACUAAAUGGGGGAUGAAAAUAUGGGUCCUAGCUGACUCUCUUACAGGUUAUACUUAUGACUUUGAGAUCUAUGUUGGCAAAGACAACAGUCCAUCUUCUCGUUUUGGUUUGGCUUAUGAUGUUGUUAUGCGUUUGUCUAAAAGUAUUAUAAACCAGGGAUAUGUCAUAUUUUUUGAUAAUUUUUACACUAGUUAUCAACUUUUAAAAGAUUUAUUGUUAAAAGGUAUAUGUGCUUGUGGAACAAUAUUAAAAAAUAGGAAAGGAUUUCCUAAUGCUCUAAAAGAUGUAAAAACAUUUGAGAAGAAUUCUAAUAGAGGAGAUAUGCGAUGGGUUAGGGAUGAUGAGAUUUUGACAACUCAAUGGCGGGAUAACAAAACUGUAUCUGUUAUGUCAAAUUUUAUGACAGCUAAUGGUUAUUCAUUUGUCAAAAGGAGAACUAAAAUCAAUGGAGAAUAUAGGGAAUUACUAGUGAAACAGCCUUC